AUGCCUCUUCCAACGAAGGUAGCAGCAACCAGGGACGAUGAAGAGGAGGAAGAGCUGCAGCUUGAGGAGUCUGUACCGAUGAGCCCGCUUAUUUCGUUGCUACACCUGCGUCACACCUACACCUCGCAGUACGUGGAUGAGUCCAAACGUGAAGAGGCAAAGGCAGCCAUACUACGAGAGGCGUAUGACCACAACAUGGCGCCAUACCUUCGCUUUAUCUGCGAAUCCUUUGCCUGGGCGCUGGACGAAGCUCUAAUGCAGGAAAUGGAUGCUGCCAAUGCAAAGAAACUGGAGGAGUUGGACGCACGCAUCAAGGAUGCGCAGGAAAACCUUGGUGAUGUGGAGGUACGUGAGGGUCUUCUCGCCAAAUGCGAUCACUUUGCUCGCAUUGGCGAUUUGCAGGAGUGCCUUAAGUUUAACAUCGAGUGCUCUGGGAAGACGCUGGCUGCUGGCCCAAAGCUGGAUUUAUGCUUUCAGCGUAUUCUGUUAGGAAUCGCAUUUUCCGACAAUGAAAUUGCCGCUAACGGUAUUCGUGAUGCGCACCGGCUGAUGAAGGAUGGCGACUGGGAGCGACGCAACCGCCUCAAGGUGUACGAGGGCAUCUACUACGUUUUUAUCCGUGACUUUAAGCGCGGCUCUGAGCUGCUGCUGGACUCCAUUUCCACCUUUGCCGCCAGUGAACUGAUGAACUUCAACGAGUUUAUCCUAAUUACGGUUAUUGCGAGUCUGACGGUGCUGAGCCGCUCCGAGUUAAAGCAGCAGAUUGUAGAUAGCCCAGAGGUACGGAGCGCUGACAUCAAGGAUGUUUUUCACCUCAUUACAGUCAUCUACAACUGUCGGUACAAGGAUGUGUUCCCCGCACUCGACACCGUUUGCCACCAGCUACGCGGCCUGGUGUACCUCUCCCAGCACGUGAAUUACUUCUUUCGCGAGGUGCGGGUAUUGGUCUUCACGCAGUUUCUUGACUCCUAUAGCAGUGUGACUUUGAAUUCAAUGAGCGCCGCCUUUGGUAUUCCUCCAAUGGUGCUGGAUAGCAUGCUGGGGACCCUCAUCUCAAAUGAGCGUAUUGCGUGCAAGAUGGAUCGCGUCUCUGAUAGCAUCACCACGUAUCGGGGCGACACGACGAACUUUGAUUACCAUCGCAUCGUCAAGAAUGGCGAUCUGUUGCUGAAUCGCAUUCAGAAGUUGUCCCGUCUGGCGGAGAUGUGA